AUGGGCAACUCCCACUGCCACCGUAAACGCCGUAACGGCCCCGUCUCCAGUAAAACGGACAAUUCGGGCUUUAAAUAUGGUCCGUCUGAUCAAUCAGCCCAAAUCCCGAGCUCGUCAGCUAAGAAGACCAGCAUGGUGGCCUUGCCGUACGCUCAUGUCGACGGGAGCUUGCGAGCCCUCGCUUCCCAGGCCGAAGGCUUCGGCCGCCUCGCAAUUGGUGGCCUCCGCGGUGCCCUUUACCACGUCACCACUCUAGCUGAUGAUGGUCCUGGGUCACUUAGGGACGGAUGUCGCAAGAAAGAACCACUUUGGAUUGUCUUUGAAAUUGCAGGCACUAUCCAUCUCUCAUCUUACUUGAAUGUUUCAUCGUAUAAGACUAUAGAUGGCCGGGGUCAGAGGAUUAAACUUACAGGGAAGGGGUUGAGGCUGAAGGAAUGUGAGCAUGUGAUUGUAUGCAAUUUAGAGUUUGAAGGUGGUAGAGGGCCAGAUGUUGAUGGCAUUCAAAUAAAACCCAAUUCCAAGCACAUAUGGAUAGAUCGGUGCAGCCUUCGUGAUUAUGACGACGGGCUUAUAGAUAUCACCAGGGGAAGCACAGAUAUUACAAUUUCGAGGUGCCAUUUUUCACAGCAUGAUAAGACAAUGCUAAUUGGAUCAGACCCCUCUCAUAUUGAUGACAGAUGCAUCCGGGUUACCAUUCACCACUGUUUUUUCGAUGGUACCCGACAGCGGCAUCCUCGUGUCAGAUUUGCAAAAGUACAUCUAUAUAACAAUUACACCCGAAACUGGGGCAUAUAUGCUGUUUGUGCCAGUGUAGAAUCGCAGAUAUUCUCUGAAUGCAAUAUAUAUGAAGCGGGGCAGAAGAAAGUGGCAUUUAAGUACCUUACGGAGAAGGCAGCGGACAAGGAGGUGGCAAUGACUGGCCACAUUAAGUCUGAAGGGGACUUAUUUAUAACUGGAACUCAAGCUGGAUUAACGCCCGUGGGUGUCGAACACAGCAUGUUUCAUCCUAGCCAACACUAUCAGACAUAUACGGUAGGACCUCCCACUGAUGAUCUUAAACAUGUUCUCCAACAUUGUACAGGAUGGCAGUCUGUUCCACGGCCAGCUGAUCAGACAGGAGUAGCAUAG